UUUCAUCUGUCAAUCUCUCACGGGGCGUCUCCAGUCUCAGCAGCUGUCAGAAAGAGCCUUAAAUGCAGCGGAGAAGAAGAAAAGGGUCACGUCAGACUGGUAGAGCUGCUCUGUUGUGUUUAGCUUCGUAAUGAGGAUCGUCUGAGGAGCAGAGAUAGCUGCCUCUCCUCUCCUCUCCUCACCUGGAUCCAUCGCCAUGGAGACCGUCAGCAGCUAUGUGUUGAUCCAUGGGAAGAACAUCUCCCACGACGGCCCGUCAGACCCUGCCGCCUCGCCCCACAUGUCCAUCGAUAAGCUUUUCCCGGCUCUGCUGGAGUGCUUCGGCAUCAUUCUGUGCGGAUACGUCGCUGGCAGGGCCGACAUCAUCACAGAGAGCCAGGCGAAAGGUUUGGGGAACUUUGUGUCCAAGUUUGCUCUGCCCGCCCUGCUCUUUAAAAACAUGGUGCUCCUGGACUUUGGGGACGUCAUCUGGGCGUUCCUCUGGAGCGUCCUGGUUGCAAAGGUGGCGGUGUUCCUGCUGGUGUGUGUGCUCACACUGAUGGUGGCCAGUCCAGACAGCAGGUACAGCAAGGCGGGGCUGUACGCCAUCUUGGCCACUCAGAGCAAUGAUUUUGCUUUAGGAUACCCUAUAGUUGACGCUUUGUAUCGAAGCACAUAUCCGGAGUACCUGCAGUACAUCUACCUGGUGGCUCCAGUCUCCCUCAUGCUUCUGAACCCCAUCGGUUUUGCUCUGUGUGAGGUGCAGAGGUGGAAGCAGACCCUCCAGCCGCAGCGCAGCAGGCUGCUCAUCCUGGGAGUUGUAGUGUUACAGCUUAUGAAGAACCCUAUAGUGUUCAUGGUGAUGGUGGGAAUCAUCUCUCACUUUGCUCUGGGUCAGAGGAUUCCCGCCGUCUUGUCAGAGUUCAUCGACGGUCUGGCCAAUUCUUUCGGUGGGGCGGCGUUGUUUUACCUCGGCCUGACGAUGGUCGGACAGCUUAGGAAGCUAACCAGAGAUACCGGAGUGGCCUUGAUCCUUCUGAUCACAGCCAAACUCCUGGUGAUGCCGCUGGUCUGCAAAGACCUGGUGGACAUUCUGGACGUCGGAGCGAACAAGACGAGCGCCAACCACACGAGUUUGUCCAACUUUGCUUUUCUGUACGGAGCCUUCCCGACUGCACCAAGUGUGGCCAUUUACGCCGGACACUACAACAUGGAAUUAGAGGUGGUAACGUCUGGGAUGGUGAUCAGCACGUUUUUGUCCGCCCCCAUCAUGUACGUGUCUGCCUGGUUGUUGACCAUCCCUUUGAUGGACCCCGCCCCGCUGAUGGCCGAGCUGGAAAACGUCAGCUUCAACAGCAGCGUCGUCAGCCUGGUGGCACUGGUUUGGACGAUAGGCGUGAUGCUGCUCAGCAGAAAGUUUACCAGACUCCCUCACAUCUUUGCCUUGAACCUGUUCCUGGCUCAGUUUCUGGUCUGCAUUGGUAUGAUCUUGUGGAACUUCUUGGUGAAACAAGAAGACGUCCUACUGGGCCAAAUUCUCACGUUCACCUUGUUGUACGGCUCUCUGUACAGCACGUACAUUUGGACAGGUUUGAUUCCUCUCUGCAUGGCUCUGACCAACAGAGAUGAUCUGCUGAGACUUCGACCUGGGGUCUUCAUGGUUUUGGGAUGGGGAAUUCCCUUCCUGAUGGCUGGAAUUCUGCUGCUCUUAGGAGAGAGGACGAACACCAUCGACUCUGCCUUCUUCUACGGCAGAGCUCAGAUCAUCACCUCUGCCGUGGUUCUUGCUGUGAGUCUGGCACUCGGGGCGGUGUCUCUGAUGGGCCUCAGCCAGGGAGGCCGGGCGCAAAGCGGCUAUCAGGCUCUGAGCAGAGCUGCUGCGACAGUCAUCAACGAGGAGCCGAGGGCCCCUGGUGGAGCGGAUGACUCGUUACGUCAGACAAAUCUAAAUUCACCUGCCUGCAGCAUCAAUCCAGGUCUCCACAGUGUUUCUCCUCUUCAGACGGUGCCUGACAUGAUAGCCAGCACGCAGAGAGAGCACGCAAACAGCACAGGCCACAGGGGGGCGCUCCACGACGAGCAGAGUUCUUCAGCAUCAGAGCAGCCUCUGAAUCUGCCUCCUCCUGGACUUCAGAGCUCAGAUGAACGGCAGACCGUGAGGCACGUUCUGCUCUGUCUGCUGCUCAACGUCUGCCUGCUGGCGAACCUGUCCAGCUGUCUGUGGUGGUUGUUCAACGAGGAUCCAGGACGACUUUACCUGGAGCUGCAGUUCUUCUGCGCCGUGGCAAACUACGCACAGGGUUUCCUGUCUUUUGGAAUUUUUGGCCUGGACAGAAACCUCGUCCUCUUGCCAUUUAAGAAGAGGCUGCUCAGCAUGUGGCGUGGCAGGGAGGAUGAGGAUCUGAGUCCAGCAGGUGUACCUGAGGAGGUCAGACUCACCUGUACCCAGUUUGUCCGCUACCACAAAGACCAGUGUGUGCAGGACAUCGUGCUCACGCGCAGGUUUGAAGGGGGGCCGCAGCAGGAGGAUGCAGCGGGACUCUCCCCGUCCCAUCACACUCACUCACACACAGAUCUCCAGGAGCAGCCACAGGGUCCAGUCCAGAACCACAGCACGGACGCUCAGCGGCCUGAACAACUCAGCGACCCCGCCAACCGUCAGCACCAACUCGAUACCAGUCCAAGCCCCCCCAUGUCCCAACCCCAACAGCUUUUUCAGAGCAGUGAUUUGGUCAACUGGCUGGUGGAGCGAGGCCUGUGCAGCGGACGGACCGAAGGUGAACUUUACGGCAUCCGCCUGCAGCGGGGAGGAGUGCUACGGCGUUUAACGGGCCAGCAGAGCUUCAGGGACGAACUCGGCCUGCUGUACCAUUUCACACAGGAGGGGGGUGGAGCUGAGGAAGCUCCACUAUGUUUUCCAGCUGUGACCUGUUGACCUUUAAGGACACCAUGAAGCAUCAAAAGUUCAGACUUUUCCAAAAGAACUGAAGUUCUUUCCUAAAAUGUGAGUCUGGUUAUUGCUGCUGCUAACCAGGCUUUUUUCUCACAUUUUUCCAUAUACUAUUAAAUUUCUGAACCUUUAAAAUGUCCACCUUUCAGUUCAUUUUUAAUGAAGUGGCAUUCAAGUGCUACAUUGGAAGGGCCAAAAAGCUUGUUGUUCUGAAUGGAUGAAACCAACUGGUGGGUUUUCCAUUUGCAGGCCGCUUCUGGAGCCCCUCAGUCUUUGCCUGCUGCCUGCACGAUUCAGCUGCGCAGACGUUUCUGCACUGAACUGUUUACGCUGUCCGUUCUGCACAUCUCUCAAUUAUGCGAACCAGCGGAUUGUUUUAAUGCAGAAAGGUGUUGUGCCACAUGGGUCACCUCAAUGCUGCCGUUGAUUUGCUGAAGCUGACGUUUGAAGACAAAAGCAUGUCGUUACUGUGAAACUAUAUUUGUUACAGCCACAUGGCAGCCAAAGCAGCUCCUAAAAUAUUUCCUGUUUAUUAAAACUGUUUACAAAUGUGAGGCGGGCUGCUGCUUUUAUGUUUACUGUUGGUUUCUAGAAAUUUGAUAAUGAUGAUUAUAUGCAUUUAGAAGGUGAAACACAUGAUUAUGAUGGACUGAUGUUGCUGUAAACAUGAAAAUGAAGCAAUUUAUUAAGUCUCCGAAGGUAGAAGCCUAAAUGCAUUCAGAAAAAUGUGAGCGUGUGUGUGCAUGCAUGUUUAGCAGCUGCAGUCUGUGUGUGUAUGAAAAGGACGAUUUUUUGUGUUUUAAAAAAUGUUUUGUUUUUUCCAGAGUCGAUGAAGAGCACAAAUAAAACACUACCUGCAUCCAAA